UGGAAAGCAAUUUGCCAAUGAUUGAUGGAUACACAGAUGAAUUAUGGAUUGAAAAGUUUGCACCGCGUGCCUUCUGCGAUCUACUCAGUGACAUCGUUCGUUCGCAAAUGAUCAACCAUCUCAACUGAUAACGUCUAGUAUUUCUUCUCUUCUAGGGCAUCAAUCGAACGCUAUUAGAAUGGCUCAAUCUUUGGCAAUAUUUGGUUUAUAAAAAAGAUCUUUCUCAUUUCCGAACACUUCAGACGCGUCAUCAACAAAUAGCUGCCAAUGAAGCGAAUAAAGAUAAAAUUGGUUCAAAAGCGAAUGUGACGAAAAAAACCGAUGCCAUCGGAUAUUCAGUUC